GCGAUCGAUCUUCAGUUUCAGUGAGAAUACCGAAUAAGAAGCACCUGUAGCAGUUCGGUUGCGCUUCGGUAGCCACAAUGGAUCACCCCUGUUGUUUUUAAUACAAAAUCCCUGACUUCUGAACUGAUCCUCAAGUGCAGUACACCAGCUACUGGGUGAUCGUGCUAAUGGAUUAGCAUUUGGGAGUGAUUGUGCGAUCAUUUUCACAAGAAAAGGUGGGAAUUUUCGUUAAAUGCUAUGAGUGAUCGCAAGUGAUCGCACGCGGAUUGCAAAUGAUCGCAAGUGAUCGAGAGAGUGCUAAAAAGUGACCAAAACCAAUUUAAUGGAUCAUUGUUCUUUUUGUUCGUUUUACUCUCUAAAAUACAUGUUUGGUUUGUGAGUGAAACUUAAAUCAGCCAAAAGUGAUCAUUAGAGGAAUGAGAGAUCAGAGUGUUUUUUGAGACCAUUUCAACGUAUUAGCGGUGGAUUUAUUCGUGGAUUAUUUUUGGAUUACAAGUGGACGUGAAUUUUGCCGUACGAGCCAUCCAAGACAGUGGCUAAGCCAUGCCAACGGGAGGCGCUGAAGCCGUCGAGGAUCGCUCUGUGCGGUCCUCUCGCGUCGAUCAGUUCCUCCAGUCGUCUCCAGGUGGAAGUGGUGGUACAUCCGCACUCAUUAGAAGUUCAUCUGGUGGGAGGAAUGCACCCCCUGCUCCUGGAUCAUCAAACUACGAAGCUCAGCUAGCCUAUCAGCAUCACCUGGCAACAGGUAUGCUGAGUCCAGCUGCACAGCAUCAUCACCAUCGAGAAUCUUCGGCUUUCGUACCCGUCCUACCGUCACGAUCACUCAGAGCUUCCAUGUACCCGGGACUUCUCGAUGGACCCGACCAGUUGCCCAAGGAUGCAUCUGGGAAACGGGGUUCGGGGUAUGAAUUGAUUGCCAUGAUGGCGGAUAAAAGAAAAGAAUUAGCCCUACGUGAGGCAGCUGCGGCUAUGCUAAUGCCACGGGGAAAUCCAGGACAGGGGCCGGCUCCUCCACCAGGACUCUACCCGCCGGCUGCAGCAUUUCUGGCUGGACCUAGUCCAUCUCCCACGGCUGCAAAUACAUUCACAUUCCCACCCACCGCUACGGGACUAUUUCCACCAGGUGUACCACCAGGAUUGCACUCUGGGCUCGAUAGGAGAUUACUCAGAGCACCCGGAAGGGCAUCUAGGCCCAAGAAACAGUUCAUCUGUAAAUUCUGCAAUCGACAAUUCACAAAAUCAUACAAUCUUCUCAUUCACGAACGCACGCACACGGAUGAGCGACCGUAUUCGUGCGACAUCUGCGGCAAGGCAUUCAGGAGACAGGAUCAUCUGAGAGAUCACAGGUACAUACAUUCCAAGGAGAAGCCCUUCAAAUGCAUGGAAUGCGGCAAAGGGUUCUGCCAAUCACGCACGCUGGCCGUCCACAAGAUACUCCAUAUGGAGGAGUCCCCCCACAAAUGCCCCGUUUGCAGCAGGAGCUUCAACCAGAGAUCAAAUCUCAAGACACAUCUCCUCACACACACGGACCACAAGCCGUACGAAUGCUCCUCAUGCGGAAAGGUUUUCCGGCGAAAUUGCGACUUGCGUCGACAUGCCCUCACUCAUGCUGUGGGGGAUGUUCCCGGAGAGGUGUUGGAUGUUGGUGAAGAGGAGCGUCAUUUGUCCGGAGAUGAAGAUGACACGGUACUUGAGGUGGAUUCUCCGGAUCACUCUCCAGUUCGUCUGAGGGAUUCAUCAACAUCACGUCCCAGAUCCCCUUCAAAGGGUCCCGCGAGGGAAGAAGAACACGAAGUUCCAGAACGGGGGGAUGAGCAUGAGGAGGAGGAAGAAGAUGAAGAUCCUGAGGUGGAUCACGACAAAAGGACUCCUGAUCGUCAAUCGCAAUCCACGAUCUCCGAAGGGGAGCACGCAGAAGUGACCCAUUGUCACCAUGAAGGCUCCAAUGAGUAUACAAUGAGGCCAUCAAUUACGGACAUGUCACUGCCUCCUCGGCCCCCUAUUGAUACCCUCCCGCUCACCCAUCGUACCAACAUUCCGCGUCAGCAACCCAAACCUGAACCUUACGUACCCAUGCUGCAUGUUCGCCGAGAUCUCCAUCACAAAGCUCCAAGUAUCCCUCCAACGGCCACCGUAACUAGUGGUCUCCUUGAUCCAACGGCUGCAUUCCUUGGGCAUAUCCCUCUGCGGAAGAGACCCCUAGGCCCGGAUGGAGAACCCAUUCCACUCCUCCCGCCAAGACAUAUCCUAAAUCCACACCACCUUGGACAUCCCCUGUCAAUGGCGCGGCAUCCGCCGCUCAUGAAACCCCCCGAGGAAAUGAUUCUACCGCCACCUGUGGUGGCUCCAGAUCCUCCAGCUCCACCACCAGCAGCCCCACCACCACCCCAAGCUCCAGCACCACGCAAGACUGGCUUCAGCAUAGAGGACAUCAUGAGGCGCUAACGAAAGACUUGCGCAAAGCGACGAACCCACCAAGCGGGUUAAAGCUCCUACACGCUCCAAGAAUAUCUCUCUAAGCUCCAGCAGGUAUUUUUCUUUAAUUAAUUUUAAUAUGAAAGAAGAUGCAUUAUAAAUAGUUCUGACAGGAUAGGAUUAAUAAGAUGAACGAUGAAGGCAUUGCAAGAGGCCUCUGAAAAGCAAGUUAAGCAAUUGAAAGAUAUUUUUUUUAGUUCUUUUAAAGAAAUCCUUGAAAAUCAAGUUAAGCAAAUUCCUUCGGCGAUUAUUAAUUUUGAUCUUUUUACAAAUUAUUAAAAUUAAUACUUUGUUGAUGCUCUGCAAUUUUUUUUCGUAAUCUCUGUGAGUUUCUGUGAUGCACUUGAAGGUCAAUCCUUGACUUAGAACUUUCAGAACAUCACAUCGGUCAUGGUUUCUUGAAGACCUCUUGCAAUCCGGUAUUGACAAACGUGAUAUGAUAGAGUUUUCAGCGGAGAUGGAAAUUUCGCGUACUGAUGCCAUUAACCAUUAUUUAUUGGCUACUUGUUUUCAAUGUUCCGCCCGGGGGAGGGCAGGGGAUGGGGAAUGGCAUCGAAAAGCCAUUAAGUGGCAACAUGCCAUAUAAAAAGAAUUUAACAGCAAAUGGCAUUUUUUCCACCUCGCAACUUCCUCUCCGUGUCACCUCUUUUCCACGAGUGGAGCGUAAGAAAGAAAUGAAGAAUUUUGCGAUGUCUUUAAAUGUCGAUAGGAGACACAUUAAGAUAUUUGUAUAAUUAAUGUUCAAUUUUUUUCACCAUUUAAGUGGAAAAUUAAUGAGUAUUGUUAUGUACUUAGAUUUUGUUAAGAGAACAUUUAUUUUAAUUGCAAAAGUCGAUAAGAUUUUAAUGUAUUACUUUUUUUCUCCCAUCACCUGCAGCUGAAUAUUUAAGAUAAGGCAAAUGAGUUUAAGAUAGUAUAUGGUGUUGUAUAUAAGGCAUACAUGCUACGAAGCAAUCUAAUUUAAAUCUCCAUGAGUUUUUUUUCUUAAUUUUAUUAUUCUGUUUCCAUUUUCGCGUAUAAGAGAUGAUGUUAGGAAUGUAAGAUUCUGAGAAUGUCUUUGUACUUCGUCUUCCAUGUCAUGGAAGAAUUUCUAUUUUAGAUUAAAAUAAAUUUAGAAGAAAAAAAAUUCUCAAAAAGAAUGUACAAUUUGUUUUUAUCCCAAGUGUAACGCUAUAAGAUCAUUAAGGUUAUUAUGUGAUUACUUAUCUCAUAUAUUAAUGUAUUAAGAAAGGCAAAAAAGCAAAUAAAUAUAAAUUUGAGUCUCA